CAGAUGGUCAGUUUGCAUGGACGAGUGCUUGACGAGAACCAGGGUAUUCUCUACCGCAAGGAUCCGCGCAACCAAACGCAGAAAGCUGGCGUCGUAUCUACAAGUCUGGAUAUCCUGCGAUUGCUCUUCCAGCGCGACCACUUAUUCUUGUACUUGUCCAACAGGCACUUCCACACGAGCAGUUCCGCUGCGAGACUGGAACAAACGAACCAAACAAGCGACACCUAUCAAAACGUCGUAAUGGCAGCCAUGGACGGCGCUAACUUCAGUUUGCCAUAUCAGCAGCAGCAGUUGCAGCAACAGCAGCGUGCGCCCCAGCAGGCCGCGGCCAACAUGCAGCAAAAGAAGACCUUUGUAAUGCCGGAAAUCGUGGAGCAGGCCACUUCAGUGGACAACUUGCUUCUCCUCGAGUACCCAGAACAGUGGCCACCAGAGGACUACGCUGUGCCACAGCAUGACUUCUUGGCUGCCGAACACGCUUUCGUUCCGCGCACAGGAACUUUCGGCGACCGCUUAAAGCGCAACUUUCACCAAUACUUCGGAAAUACGCCUGCGCCAGCACGUCUGCCAGGAGGACAACUAGCUGGCAGUGUCUACUCGUCCAGUGCGGGCGUAGCCAACGGCGGUGUUAAAGGCAUGAACAGCGGGGCAGGAGGAGUCUUCACUGAUGCUGAUGUUGACCAACGGCAACCGAACAACCUGACACUCAUUCUCUUCUACAUCAUGUCGCAGCAACCGCGGCUCUGUCAAAUCGCCAAAAAGGCUGUCUUCGUUCUCCACCAGAUGAUUUCACGAAACGCGCUCGCAGUAGCGCACACGCUCGAGCUGUAUCCGAUUCUCCGCGAAGGCGUUUCCUACGGCCUAGCACACAACAUGUUUGAGCUUGCAGCCUACGAUUCGGGUGCGACACCGCUUUACGGUGCAAGCGUGACCAACACGGAUCUCAGUGCUGACUUCUUGGCUGAGAGCAGGCAGUACGCGGACACUGGAUUCGCGCAACAGGCUGCAUACUCAGUCGUGACGGGCUUUUCGCUUGUGCAGGAGGUCGAAGCGCGCACAAAUGUUCAUGACGACAUCGCGGUUGAGAAUCUCGAUCUGCUGCUUGUUCGAUUGCUGCGAAGACCGGUAAACACUGCAGCGGGCAGAGGUUCCAGUGCUGGACUGUUCUCACAAGCUGGCUCCUCCUUUCUUGCGCUUCAGAACUUGGCCCCAGCUUUUUACGCUGGCGUUCCCGGCGGACCAGGUAGCGGUAGCGCAAUGAUCUCUGCCACCGCCAGGGACAAGUUGACUCAUUUUGGACGCGAAAAGACGCUUCGCGCAGCAUACUUGCAAGAUUCAACACUCAACUGCUCAGCGUUUGGCUUCGAAACUGGAGAUGACGAACGCAUAUUCGAGAUCCUGGAUCGACAACAUCGAGAAGCUGAGAAUUUAGCUGUGGCUUCCUCAAAUAAUGCAAUGCUGAGUGGCUUCGGUGGCGUCGGAAGCGCAGCUGGUAUCCCGCGCAUGGGUUGCGUCGUCGCAACUCCAGGACGACCAAUGACAGGGGUUGUACCGCCUUUGACUGGUGCUAGUGCGAUUUUUGGUCCGUCUGGGCGAACUCCUGGAGCUACGCCAGCCACCACAGUCUUGAACGGAGGAACGCCAGGUCUUACUGCAACAACACCGGGAGGUAUAGGCUUGCAGCAACAGGGCACCCCAGGCUUCCGGACAGCACGUCGCGUGCCAGGAGUGGCGCAGCACGUGGGUCCCUCCGGUGACCUACAGAAUCUGACGGGCAUGCAAGAGCACAUGGACAGAGCGCCACAACAAAUCUUUGCUCCAGGUGUUGAGAUGCCGCUUUUCGGACCUUCGAUCGAACUGACGAAGUACCAGAAGGAGAUGCUGCACAUGUGCCAUUCUGACCGACCGAACCGGCUGUUCCCGCACACGCAGAAGCAUCCGGCGCUAGACAGAACGCCUCUUCGCGAACUAGUGCUUCUUCUGUUACGCGAGUGUUUGCAUGGUCUCUCGAGAUCCAGCGGCAGCCUUUUGCAGUUAAGCAACGUUGCGACGGCUGUUCCUAAGAAAAGCGACAGCCGCGGAGACGUUAAGAUGGAAGAUGUUGCACCGCAACAAAAAGCGAAGCUUCCC